AUGGCCCUUUCUAUCCAGGCUGUGUUGGCGAUCAUCGCCGCCAACACAACCGAUAUCAAACCGUCAACACACGACUCAAUACUACGCACUGAACGGCCCCCACUACACACCACAAUGAAGUUCAUCGCAGCAAUAACCCUCAUCUACGCAACCCUCGCCCUCUCAAACCCAGCACCUCUCACCAGUCCCGCCGUUCCAGAGAGCGUCCCAGAAUUUCGUCAUGCGCUGAUGGGUCGCGCUGCAGCCGGACUCCCACAACUCGAUGAUCGUGCAAGCAAACCCAAGGGAAGCAGCGGAGGCAGCAGUGGCAACUCAUCCACUGCUGUUUCAGUAUCGCCAAGUGGUACGCUGAUGAUGGGCGCAUUGGGAUUGGGACUUAUGGGAGUCGUCAGACUGUGGAACUAA